CAGCAGGCGCAAGCUUGCGCCGCAAGUAGAUGCGAUGCGAGUCUACAGCAGUCUCCAUACAGUCUUAAGCAGUAUGGUCGCUUGUACAGUUUUCUAUGAGUGACAAGUAACGGUUUCUACAUUAAGAAAACUUCGAAUAAUGAUUUAUCAUAACUGAAGUGAACCGAAAUUGGUGUAAUGAUCAAAGAUAUGGCUGAUGAUGAGGCCAUACAGGCCACUAAUGAUGAUGCAAGUGAAUGUAAAAGAUAUGCUGUGCAACUUAGUUACUGGUCCGAUCCAUUUAUCAACUUUUUCGUAAAACAAACUGGUCGAAAAGCACCUGAAAUCAAUCGUGGUUACUAUGCGAGAGUAAAAGGAAUUGAGGUGUUCGUUGACAAAUUCCUUAAGUUAUCUGGUGAAGAAGGACAAAUUAUAAACUUGGGUGCUGGAUUUGAUACACUUUAUUGGAGACUUAAGGAAACAGGAAAGAGUCCAGCAAAUUUUAUAGAACUUGAUUUUCCUAGCAUUACUGCUAGAAAAUGUUAUCACAUCAAAAAACAUAAACAAUUGAUAGAUAUGUUAAAUACAGAAGAUGGAGAAAUUAGGUUUUCAACAACAGAUCUACAUGCUGCUAAUUAUCAUUUGGUGGGAAUAGAUCUGCGGCACAUAUCUGAACUUAUUAAUAAAUUAACACAAGCAGAAGUUAAUUUUAAUCUUCCAACCAUGUUCCUUGCAGAAUGUGUUUUAGUGUACAUAGACACUAGUGCAGCUUCUGCAUUGUUAAAAUGGCUUGCUGGAAAAUUUCCAAAUAGUAUUUUUGUUAAUUAUGAACAAGUGAACAUGAAAGAUAAAUUUGGUCAAGUUAUGUUAUCUAAUUUACGUAGUCGUGGAUGUUUGUUAGCAGGUGUAGAAGAUUGUGAAUCUUUGGAAACUCAACAAAGACGCUUUAUAAUAAACAGUUGGGAAGGCUCUAAUGCAUGGACAAUGGUAGAAGUCUAUGAUUCACUGCCUCAAGAUGAUCGUAGUCGAAUCGAACAUAUAGAAAUGUUGGAUGAGCGAGAACUUUUAGUUCAAUUAUUGCAACAUUAUUGUAUCUCAGUUGCUUGGAAUGGACAAACAUUUAAAAAUUUGUCUAUAGCACAGGGUUAGCUUUUCUAACUCUUGUAAGUUACUCCAGGUAGUGAUACUGUGUCAUUAAAAAUCUUUAAGCUUGUAAGUACAAUGUGGUAACUAAUGAUACAAAAUCAUUGUUUAUUAUUAAAAUGAAUAAGUUUUAAUUAUAAAUUUAUGGUAUUAUUAUAAUAAUGUAUUUGCUUUAUGAUAAUAUAGUUUUUUCUGUUAUAUAGAUACUUCAUAUAUCUUUAAAAUAUUGUGAAGAAAUAAUUUAUAUAUAACUACAUAAUGAUGACUUACAAAAAUUAAUUUUAAUUAAUUUUAUUUGGUAAUAAUCUAUAAAUAUUGUGACUAUGAUAUUAAAAUAGUAUUAUUGAAAUUUUAAAAUUCUUUUAUAUUUUUUGAGCAGCUAAAUAUAAUCUAACAUUAAAAAAUACAAAGUUUCAAUUGUAUAAUUUCUUUAAUUUCUUAAAAUUCUAUUUUAUACUUUCUGUAAAAUUAAUUUUCUAAUUAAAACUAAUUUCAGCAUUAACAAAUUUUGUUUUCCAAUAUUAUUUACUACUUUGUACUUGGAAGCUUUUAUAUACUACAUUUAUAAAUUUCCUAUUAAAUCAUAACUUUAAAUAAUAUUAUAAAUUAUUGAUUAGUUCUACUUAUGCAGUUUCUUAUGAAGAUAAUAGAUACAACGAAAGAGUGAUUUCACUUAAACAUGAAAAAAAAAUAAUAUACAUUUUGAAAAUUUAUUUUUAAAACGUUCAUUUUUAAAAUAUGUUUUAUAAAUGUUCAUUUAUAUAAUCAAAAAGAUUUAAUUAAAAUAAAAUUGUUUUACAUUUACAAAAUAUAAUCAUUUAGAUUAUUAAAAAAUGCAGAAAAUU